UUUCGCAGCGCGAGCUUCACUGUCAUGGCUCGCACGAAGCAGACGGCGCGCAAGUCGACGGGCGGCAAGGCCCCGCGCAAGCAGCUGGCCACCAAGGCGGCCCGCAAGAGCGCGCCGGCCACCGGCGGCGUCAAGAAGCCGCACCGCUACCGGCCCGGCACGGUGGCCCUGCGCGAGAUCCGCCGCUACCAGAAGUCCACCGAGCUGCUGAUCCGCAAGCUGCCGUUCCAGCGGCUGGUGCGCGAGAUCGCGCAGGACUUCAAGACCGACCUGCGCUUCCAGAGCUCGGCCGUGAUGGCGCUGCAGGAGGCGUGCGAGGCCUACCUGGUGGGGCUCUUCGAGGACACCAACCUGUGCGCCAUCCACGCCAAGCGCGUCACCAUCAUGCCCAAGGACAUCCAGCUGGCGCGCCGCAUCCGUGGGGAGCGGGCAUAAAGCUUUGUAGCGUUCUCCGUACACCCUACCCCAAAGGCUCUUUUCAGAGCCCCUCCAU